GCUCCGACCGGAUCCCCGCCUCUCACCGGACUCAAAUUCCGCUAUGGGGAGAAGGUCGGCUGUGGGAACAUGGCGCAGUUACUCUGGAUUAACUUCCCUCAGGAGAAACUCUGGAGCAUCGCUACUUGGCACACAAACUCUCCCCGUAUCCACCGAUAAGUGAAGCCACUGUAAACCCAGCAGAACCCGCUUUUCUCAGCUCCACUCGUGUUGUUUUGGAGGAGUUUUCACAAGUCCUGCCUUCACCGCUGCUGUUACUGCUGUGUGUGUGGGAUGAGAGUUUGGAGCCGCCGGAUUUAGCAGAGAAGAGAGCAGGAUGGAAAAGCAAAGAACCAGGAAAGAAAAGUUCUCUCUGUUCGGUUCUCGCUCCACCAGCAGGACCGCCGUCCCUCCCUCUUCCUCCUCCUCCUCUUCCUCUCCUCUCAUCCCUCCUUCGGCCCCUAAAUUAAAAAAGGCCGACCGCCCCCCCGAUCCGCCCGGACCGCCCGGUCUGAGCAAAGCAGAGUUCCUGGAGCGCGUGCGUCGCAGUAACCAGGCCUGCCAGCAGGGGGAGUUUGCUCUGGCCGUGCGUCUGUACAGCGAGGCCCUGACCGCCGACCCACAAAACUGCAUCCUGUACAGCAACCGCUCUGCAGCCCACCUGAGACUGGGUCAGUACAGCACGGCUCUUGACGACGCCAUCAAAGCUCGACUCAUCAAUCCAAAGUGGCCAAAGGCCUACUUCCGUCAGGGUGUUGCUCUGCAGUACCUGGGUCGUCAUGCCGACGCCCUCGCAGCCUUCGCCUCCGGCCUGGCCCAGGACCCCAAGAGUCUCCAGCUGCUGGUCGGCAUGGUGGAGGCCGCCAUGAAGUCGCCCCUCAGAGACUCUCUCGAGCCGACCUACCAGCAGCUCCAGAAGAUGAAGCUGGAUAAAAGCCCAUUCGUGGUCGUCUCCGUCAUCGGCCAGGAGCUGCUGACUCACAGUUUCCACGGCGCCUCCGUCGUCGUGCUGGAGGCGGGACUUAAGAUCGGCACGUGUUCCCUAAAGCUGCGCGGAUCCGUCUUCUCCGCCCUAAGCUCCGCCUACUGGUCCCUGGGAAACACCGAGAAGAGUAUGGCGUACAUGCAGCAGGACCUGGAGGUGACCAAGACUUUAGGUGAUCAGUCAGGUGAAUGCAGGGCUCACGGGAACCUUGGCUCCGCCCUCUUCUCCAAAGGAAGUUACAGAGAAGCUCUGGCCAAUCACAGAAACCAGCUGGUGCUAGCUAUGAAGCUCAAGGACAGAGAGGCGGCGUCUGACGCUCUCAGCAGUCUGGGUCAUGUGUACACGGCGAUCGGCGACUACCCCAACGCGUUGGCGAGUCACAAGCAGUGUGUGCUGCUGGCUCGACAGCGACAGUGUCAGCUGUCUGAGGCCCGCCAGCUGGGGAACAUGGGCGCCGUGUACACCGCGCUGGGAGACUUCACCAACGCUGUGCAGUGCCACGAGCAGCACCUCGACAUCUCGAAGACUUUGGAGAACCGUCGCGAGGAGGCGCGAGCGUACAGUAACCUUGGCAGUGCGUAUCACUCUCAGCGGGACUUUGACAAGGCGAUAUCAUACCACACGCGGGUUCUGGAGCUGGCACAGGAGCAGGGAGACCGAGCCAUCGAGAUGAGGGCGUACGCUGGUCUGGGGCACGCUGCCAGAUGCAUGCAGGACCUGGAGCGGGCGCGUCAGUACCACCAACACCAGCUAGAACUCGCCCAGGAGCUGCAGGACAGAGCCGCUCAGGGCCGAGCCUCUUCCAACCUGGGCAUCAUACACCAGAUGAAGGGGGAGUAUGACAAAGCACUGAAGCUCCACAAAGCCCACCUGUCCUUCGCCCAGGAGCUCAGUGACUACGCCGCCCAGGGGAGGGCGUACGGCAACAUGGGAAACGCCUAUCACGCCCUCGGCAUCUUUGACCAAGCCGUGCGGUACCACCGACAAGAACUUCAGAUCUCACUGGAGGUGAACGAUCGUCCAUCCCAGGCCUCCACACAUGGAAACCUAGCUGUGGCCUACCAGGCGCUGGGUGCUCACGACCGAGCUCUACAGCACUACCUUCAUCAUCUGACCAUCGCACGAGAGCUCCAAGACACUCAGAGCGAAGCGAGAGCACUAGCUAACUUGGGGAACUUCCACUGUUGGAGAGGCGAAUACGCUCAGGCAUUGCCGUACUAUCAGCAGUACCUAAAUCUGGCCCCGGGCCUGCAGGACCUGGAGGGGGAAGGGAAGGUUUGCCACAACCUCGGCUAUGCUCACUACUGCCUGGGACAGUACAGAGACGCUGUCAGGUAUUACGAGCAGGACCUGGCCCUAGCUAAAGACCUACAGGACAAGUUAGCCCAGGCGAAGGCCUACUGUAACCUGGGCCUGGCCCACAAAGCACUGAGGGAGUACAGCAAAGCAGAGGAGUGUCAGAGAUACCUGCUCUCUAUAGCACAAGCUUUGGAUAACACACAGGCUGUGUUCAGGGCCUUUGGGAACCUGGGGGAUGUGUGUGUGUGCCGGGGUGAUCUUCCAGGAGCCGUGAGGUUCUACCAGCAGCAGUUAACCUUGGCUCAGAGGGUCGACGAUCAGAAGAUGGAGGCCGACGCGUACUCUGCGCUCGGAUCAGUUCAUAGGCUGCUCCGUCAGUUGGAUACAGCCUUGUCCUUCCACAGCCAGGAACUGACCGUCCGAAAAGAUCUAGGUGACCAGCAGGGGGAGUGCCGCGCCCUUGGACACCUGGCGGCGGUGCACAUGGCCCUGGGAGACUACGCUACAACCUUCCAGUGUUACGAGACCCAGCUGGGCCUGGCUCAGGGACUCAGGGACGCCCGAUUGGAAGCGCAGGUCCACGGGAACAUGGGCAUCACCAAGAUGAACAUGAGCGUGUUCGAGGAGGCGAUCGGAUAUUUCGAGCAGCAGUUGGCCAUGCUGCAGCAGCUGAGCGGGACCGAGAGCAUGCUGGACAGAGGCCGGGCCUACGGGAACCUGGCCGACUGCUACGACGCUCUGGGAGACUUCGAGGAGGCCAUUCAGUACUACGAGAAGUACCUGACGGUGGCUCAGAGUCUCAACCACGUCCAGGACCAGGAGAAGGCCUACAGAGGACUCGGCAAUGCUCACAGGUCUAUGGGAAGUCUCCAGCAGGCUCUGGUGUGCUUUGAGAAGCGACUGGUGGUGGCCCAUGAGCUCGGAGGGGAAGGAGGGGGCAAGGCUCAGGCUUAUUGGGAGCUGGGUACCUUACACAGCCAGCUGGGGAACUACGAGCAAGCCCUCUCCUGCCUGGAACAUCAGCUGAAUAUUGCACGAACAGCUGGGGAUAAAUCCCUGGAAGCAGAAGCGAGCGACGCUCUCGGGGGCGUUUAUCAGCUGAUGGCAGACAACGAGACGGCGCUACAGUGGCACCAGAGGGCUUUGGACAUAGCAGAGCAGACGGGAUGCGUGAGGAGCCAGGGUCGAGCCUACGGAAACCUGGGACUGACCUAUGAAGCUCUGGGAAACUACGAGCGGGCGGUGGUCUUCCAGGAGCAGCACCUGAGUGUGGCGGCCCAGACCAACGAUCUGAUUGCCAAAACGCUCGCCUACGGGAGCCUCGGGAGGAUCCACCAUGCACUGCAAAACUCUGCACAGGCUGUGAUGUAUCUACAGGAAGGUCUGCGUCUGGCGGAGCAGUUGGGUCGGAGAGAAGAUGAAGCUAAGAUCCGCCAUCGCCUCGGCCUGUCGCUGUGGGCCGGAGGAAACCUGGAGGAGGCUCAACACCAGUUGUACAGGGCGUCGGUGUUAUUUGAGACAUUUCGUCAUGAAACGCAGCACAACACGGAUUACAAGCUCUCUCUGUUUGAUCUGCAAACCAGCUCGUACCAGGCUCUCCAGAGGGUCCUCGUCAGCCUAGGCCGACACGAUGAGGCCUUGGCGAUAGCAGAACGAGGGCGAACACGAGCCUUCGCCGAUCUCCUUGUUGAACGUCAGAAAGGAAGUCAGCUGGCAGCGAGCGCCGACCCGUACAUCCCGGUCACAGUGGAGAACAUCCUGGAGACGGUGAACGGUCAGAGGGCCGUGGUUCUGUAUUACUCUCUGGCUGGAGGCUUCCUGUACAGCUGGCUGAUAGCACCGGGCACAGGUAUUGUGAAGUUUAACGAGGUGUACCUGGGAGAGGCUGGGGUGGAGGCUUCAGAGCUCCAGGAUGGAGGAGGGAGUCCACAGAGCGGAAGAGGGGGAGGAGGAGGAGGAGGAGGUGGAGGUCCUCUCUCUCUGGAGCAGUACAUCAGUAACGCCAGAGAAGCUUUAGGAGUGGACAGCCACUACAGCAGAGUUUGCUCCAGCAGCGAGACGGAGAGUGAAGCCGGAGAUCUGUUGGAGCAACAGUUUGAGGAGCUGAACAACAAACUCACCUCAGCCACAGACCCCACAGGUUACCUCCGCAUGGUGUCCAGAAACAACCUCUUCAACAGAAGCUGUCAGAGCAUGACGAGUCUCUACAGCGCCACCGUUUCUCCGGCUAAGGAGAGCUCAAACUCUCCUCUAUGCAGGCCGAGUAACAUCAGCAAACCUCCUCUGCGAGCCCUUUAUGACUUACUCAUAGCACCGAUGGAAGGGGGCCUGAUGCACAGCAGCGGACCUGUGGGCAGACACAGACAGCUCGUGUUGGUGCUGGAGGGAGAAUUGUACCUGAUCCCAUUUGCCUUGCUCAAAGGCAGCUCCUCUAAUGAAUACCUUUAUGAAAGGUUCAGUCUCAUUUCUGUUCCUUCUUUAGCCAGCCUGGGAGCAUCCGUCAAGCCUCAUCCCCGUCGUGGAGGCCCCUUCCACUGCUCUGACGGAGGCUCGGUGGCUGCAGUGGUCGGAGCUCCUCGCCUGCCCUCCUCUGUGAUGGACCGCUGGCUGUGGGGACCGUUACCUUCAGCCCAGGAGGAAACCCUGGGCCUCGGGGAACAGCUGGGGUGUCAUCCUUUAACCGGAGCGAACGCCACAAAGGAGCGCGUUUUAGCAGCUCUGAAUCAGGCCGAGUGCGUCCACUUUGCAACUCACAUAUCCUGGAAACUCGCCGCUUUGGUCCUCGCGCCCAGCCAGGAGCAUGCAGGAGGAGGAGGAGGGGGAGGAGGAGGAGGAAUAUCCAGGGAGAGGUCACCAUGUGGAACAUCAACUGCAGGCGACACUGAAGGUCAAGACGGGAGAAUCAGGGGUUCAUUUUCAAAGAGCCACAGCAGCCCGGAGGGACUCAGAGGAGCAGACGAGAUGAGCGAGGACGGGGACAGUUUGUGUGACUUGGAGAGCGUGUACGACAGUCCACCUCUUCAUGACUUCCUCCUCACUGCUGCAGACAUCCUGGACCUGUGCCUGAGCGUCAAACUGGUGGUUCUGAGGUUGUACCCGGAGUCCAGCAGCAGGGUGUCAGCAGACGGGGUGGUGGGUCUGACCCGGGCCUUCCUGGCCGCGGGUGUCCAGUGCGUGUGCGUCUCCCUGUGGCCCGUGCCAAUAGCCGCCUCCAAACUGUUCACGCACACCUUCUACACGGCGCUCCUCAACGGGACCAAAACCAGCGCCGCUCUGACGGAGGCCAUGAAGACGCUUCAGAGCAGCAAACACUUCUCACACCCCUCCAACUGGGCGGGUUACAUGCUGAUUGGCAGCGAUGUGAAGCUGAACAGCCCGAUGUCUCUGGUGGCUCAGGCUCUGUCAGAGAUCCUGCAGUACCCGGAGAGGGCCAGAGACGCCCUCAGAGUGCUGCUCCACCUGGUGGAGAAGUCUCUGCAGAGGAUUCAGAGCGGUCAAUGUAACCCGAUGUACACGUCGCAGCAAAGCGUCGAGAACAAGGUCGGCGGGGUGCCCGGGUGGCAGGCCCUCCUCUCUGCGGUGGGUUUCCGGUUAGAUAUCUCCGGUAGCGGUGCUGGUCUCCCGGCGGCGGUUUUCUUCCCGACAUCAGACCCCGGGGAUCGUCUGCAGCAGUGCAGCACCACUCUGCAGUCACUGCUCGGUCUCACUCCAGCAGCUCUGCAGGCUCUCUGCAAACUGGUCACAGUGUCUGAGGCUGGAGAGCAGCUCAUUCAUAAGGCGGUUAAAAGCAUGGUGGGAAUGCUCCAUCAGGUGCUGGUUCAGUUGCAGUCGGGCGAUAAGGAGCAAGACUUCUCUCUGGCUCCCAUUCAGGUGUCGAUAAGCGUUCAGCUCUGGAGGCUUCCAGGCUGCCACGAGUUCCUGGCUGCCCUCGGUUUCGAUCUGUGUGAGGUCGGUCAGGAGGAGGUCGUGUUGAAGACUGGAAAGCAGGCGAGCAGACGCACUAUGCACUUCGCUCUGCAGUCUCUUCUGGCUCUCUUUGACUCCACGGAGCUUCCCAAGCGUCUGAGCAUGGACAGCUCCUCGUCCCUGGAGUCCCUCUCCUCCUCCCAGUCCACCUCCCAGCCUCACUCCUUACCCCUCUCCUUCAGCGGCUUCCCCCCUCAGCCAUCCUUCUUACCCCCAGUCUGCCCCGACAACCUCUCCUGCGACGCCAUCUCCGUCUACAGCCUCAGCUCCCUCGCCUCCUCCCUCAGCUUCCUGUCGCGGCCCGAGCCCGCAGGAAGUGACAUCAUCAGCCAGCGUUCGCACCCGCAGGACCUGGACAGAUCCCGAGGCGGAGGGGGUCUUUACUCCUCGCGUCGAAACUCGGGAGGCCUGCAAAGAGGUCGCCUGACCAAUCAGGGAGGAGGAGGAAGAGGGGAGGAGGACGACUACGAGGGGUACUCCAUAAUCAGCAGCGAGCCGUUAGGGCGAGGGAGGAGGGAGUGCGACACGCUGCCUCUGCCUGCAGGACACAGACAGGGCAGGGGGGCGGCUGGGCGAGGGUCUGCAGGGGCUCAUGGGUACCCUCUUACGAUGUCCUCCAAAGGAAGCGUCAGCACGCCUACGUCGCCGAUAAAAGCUCCGCCCCCGCUGCCCCGGAAACCUCCUGCAAGCCCCAAAGACAGGCAGCAACUCUCGUCUCCUCAGAGGUUGGGCAAAGGGAAGGUCAGCAGCUCGGAGUCGGACCAGUCGAGCACCGAGACGGACAGCACGGUCAAGUCCCAGGAGGAGAGGACCGUGCCCGUGGGACAGCUGGACCCGCAGGAGCUGGCCCAGAAGAUCCUGGAGGAGACGCAGAGCCACAUGCAGGCUGUGGAGAGCCUGCAGAAGGCGAACAUCAGAGGGACGACGCAGAGGGCGGGCGAGGGGAAAGCGGAGGUGCAGGCCCGGCAGACUUCUCAGUCCACUCCCACAACCCCGACUCUGACCGGGGGAGCGCGGGGGUUUCAGCCCUCUGAGACCAGCGCGUUCAGCAGACCUCCCAGCAGGGCGAGCUUAAAGGCUUCCUCGUCCCCUCUCUCCCCGUCUGUCUCAACGCCUCCUCCGACCCGGCCUAAACCUCCGUCCCGCUCCUCGUCCUUGCAGAAAAUCAGCUCCGGCGGGUACAACAGCCCGCCUCAUUCCUCGCCGUCUUUAUCGCUCUCUGUAAAAAAACAGAAUUCCUUUUUCUACACGGGUUCCUCAGACGUGCAUGCCCAGGCUCCGCUCAAAUUCAAAUACUCUCCGUCACCUUACACCUCCCACGUGUCACCGUCCCACUCUCCUGCCGACGACGCCCCAUCCCCAGCUCUCUCCUACUCCUCGACGGGAUCGGUUUCUGCCUCCUCCAGCCCGGCAAACACCCACGAACUGAGCCAGGUCAAACAGGAUAAUAAAGUGCAGACUAUUCAUAACUUAAAGGCGUUCUGGGCCGGCGCCGGUCAGAAACACGAGGAGCCCUGUCCGGCCAGUUACCUCCGAGGCGGGAAUAAAAAAAUGAGCACGGUUCAGAAAGACGUUUUGGGUUUGCUCAACCUCUCGCCUCGACAUGAGUCCGUGAGCAGAGACGCACGGGAAUCGAAUGAGCACAACACUGGCGAGAGACCGAAUGGUCACCAGAAUCUGGGGGCUAAACCGCCUCCGCCUCCUCCUUCUAAAAAGCCCACGAACUCUAAAGGAAGCAUCAAACUUCCCUCUGGGAACGGCUUCAAGUUUCACUCUCCCGGACAUUUUUUUCCUUCUUCUAAAUGUUGAGGGUUUGGGAUUCGGCCGUGCAGAACCGUAGACUUUUCUAUAAGAAGUGGAAGUAGCCUUUGUGACAUUUGCAUUAUUCUUUAUUUCAGCCAAAUGUGACCAUGUUUAGACAAAGGACAGGAAGCUGGAGAGGAGAGAGGAGUUACUGAAUGCUAAGUCGUCUGCUAAUGCUAGCACUCGCUUGAUAAGAAAGGUGCAUUUUGUCAGUCACAGAAAACAGUAUUUUUGAUGAAUAUUUGUUUCUAGCAUAAAGCAGUCUUACACUGAAGUGGCUUUUACUUGCAUUCUUUCUGCUGGCCAGCAGGGGGCGAGUUCAUCGGAUGCAAAACAUAUAAAAGUCCAUGUAAAAAAUUAUCCUACCUUUAAAUUUAUAGUCUAAGGUAGCUCUAACGUUAGCUGAUGACUUUGUAUUUUCUAACCCCUCGCUUGGUUUUAGCUACCUGCACACGUCAGAAACUAGUUACUUAUUGCCCCAAAUUAAACGAGGUGUACAAAACAAAUUCCCCAACUUGGAGCCUCAAAGUGACACUUGGCAAACCAAUGGAUGACAUCACAGUUAAUGCAUUGAUCUUGUGUCUAUUUUUCUCUAAAUGGGGCCAUAGUUUACAAAUGUACAUCAUUCUGUAUUGAGGAAGACUUGAGCUAGCGAUUGACACCAGAAACACAUCGGAAGAACUUACUGAUGUGAUAAAUAAACUGAAGGCCCUGACACACCAAGCAGACCGCAAAGAACUAAUGGCGACGAAGGCCGCCUCACGUCUUCGACAAAAAGUUGCACUUGAACACACCGCAAAGACUCCAGCCGACGGCCAACCACCACAGAACUCUCCAUGCCAGCAGGGGGCGGUCGUCUGUUGUUAUGAUACGAGAACACCAUUUUCACACCGCUGUCGCUCACCACUCGUCUGAUAGGUCGCCUACUAAUCAAGAAUAAUGUCUGAUAAAAAGUAGAAAAUGGCGCUGGCGGUGUCAGUUCUUGGUCUUUUAGUGGAAAAAGAAAAGAAGAGGCGGAGGCGACAAAUAAGGAGAACCCUUCAAAACAAACCAUUUCCUUUGGAGUCGCCCCCUGCUGGCCAUUAGAAAGAAAGCAUAUUCAAGACCCUUACGUAAUGAAUUGUACUUUUCACACCUGUGUAGGGUUGUCACAAUGCCAGAUUUAAACUUUGCUACUAUUCUAGUAAAAUUCAAAUGAUAUUGAGACCUGUUUCGACGCCAAGGCAAACUUAAAAAAAAGUCCCAGGAACCAAGUAUUGGGUAUAUUUCUUAAAGAUGUGGAAUUGUAAAGUAUCCAAGUAUUGAAGAAUUUGACCGUCUUGUACCUGUGGGCUAAUUCCCCUUCUUGUAUUCUGUCUAUGAGCUGAACCCAGAGACUGAAGGCCGAUCCUCUGUGUCAUUUUUGUUGUUUGUACUUUGACAGAAGACGUCUGUCAGCCACAUUUUUUAGCAAUACCUGCUGAAGGAAAGAAGAUUACUUACUCUUUCUUACUGACGGUGAUUUUACAUGUUAUUCUUAUUAUUCUUAUUAUUAUAGUUUAUGUGUGUGAAGGGAUGUUUUUUGAAUGUGAUGACUGUGCCUUCUUGUGGAGAAACCUGGAAGGACAAAAUGACUCUGAGAGAAAUCUCUGGCUUUAAUGUUAUUUUAAUGACUGAUUAGAGAGCAUGUGUGUCACUGCCUCCAUGUACUGUACUCGCAGUCUGCCGACUGUAUGCCUGAAGAAAACAUUUCAUGUCGACCUUAAAUGCUCGCUACACUCGUGUAAAUUGACCCGAUCUGGAUAUAUUGUGUUGUGUUAUUAAUGCCUCUUGUUGUCAUUUAUUUUAUAAAGUUCACUGUGUUUUUCAGUCAUUAUUAUGCAUUUUAUAAAAAGAUUAAACAGAGGAACAAGUGAGGAAAACGCCUUGCUAUUUUUUAUACAGAUAUGGUUUGAUGGGUUAUUAUCAGCAGGGCACAUCUUGCUGUUAUUGACUUUAUGAUGUACAGUUGAUGCAGCAGUCCUCCUGUUAGGUCGUAAACAAACUGAAGGAUAUGACGAAUAAAUACGUUUGUUUCUUG